GCUAAUGUUCUAGAAGCAAAUCGAUAAUAUUGUUUAUUAUUUUGCAAGUAAAUAAUAAAUUGAUAAAAUAAAAAUAAUUUAUAUGUCAAGUAAUUACAUCGAAACAUUAAAUCAACGAAAUAAAGCAAAAGCGAGUAAGUGACAAGCUGAUAGAUGAACAGAAAUAAACAGAGCUUUGAAAAAAUUUAUAAAAUUAUUUUGCUUAAAAAUGUCGUCAUUUGACGAACAGACAAAUAGUGUCGUGAGUAGACUGUCUGAGCUGAGGAUGUCCAGCAAUAACAACAGCAAUGACAGCGAUGCUACUACUUCUUACUCGAGCAAUGACGACUCGGUCGCUGUUGCUAGUAGUGUUAGCGCGAAUGCUAAUCUCCUGUCAUCGCCUCAAAAUAUGCUGACUGCUAGUGUUUCUACAACUUUUUCCUGUAAUCGGAGAGCCGCUACCUUCGGAACCGAUGACGAAGAACCUUCGACGUCUUCUGCUAGUAGUGUCCUAGUUUCUCGAGAUGGAUUACCAAGUAAUUCAGUAAACACUCUCCACUUAGAAGCUCGUCCUCACAACGACCCACCAGCAGAAGUCCACCAAGUUCCAGCUCGCCAGCUAGCAUCCUCGCAACUUUACAACUGGCAAGGCAGCAAAACAACCAUGAAAGAAAGAUUUGCAUUUUUGUUCAACAAUGAAAUUUUAUCAGACGUGAGAUUUUUAGUGGGUCGAGUUGGACAGCAGCAAAGAAUUCCCGCCCACAAGCUGGUCCUUUCAUCAGGCAGCGCAGUAUUUGACGCAAUGUUCAACGGAACCCUCGCUACGGCCUCAGCAGAAAUAGAAGUACCGGACGUAGAGCCUGCAGCUUUUCUCGCGGUGUUAUUGUUCCUCUACACCGACGAAAUCCAGAUAGACCCCGACACAGUGAUGACUACUCUUUACACCGCUAAAAAAUACGCAGUUUCUCCGUUGGAAAAACACUGCGUUGAAUUUCUUCGCAGUCAUCUCACCCACGACAACGCAUUUUUAUUACUUACCCAAGCUAGGCUCUUUGAUGAACAGCAGCUGGCUGCUGUUUGCUUAGACACUAUCGACAAGUUCACCACCGACGCGCUCAAUGCUGAUGGAUUCACAGAUAUUGAUAUUGAUACCUUGAUGGUAGUUCUUGAAAGAGACACUUUAAGAGUCAGAGAGUCAAAAAUCUUCCAAGCUGUUGUCAGAUGGUCCGAAGCUGAGUGUGUUAGACAACAAUUGCCAGUGACUCCUGAAAAUCAGAGAUCUGUGCUAGGGAGAGCAUUGUCUUUGGUUCGGUUUCCGUUGAUGUCUGUUGAGGAAUUUGCUAUGGGACCAGCUCAAUGUGGAUUGCUGACUGACAGAGAGGUGGUUUCUUUAUUUUUAUACUUUACGGUUAACCCAAAACCAGCAGUUGGAUUUGAAGCUAUGCCAAGAUGUCGUAUGAUGGGAAAAGAAUUAACAGUCUGCAGGUUCCAGCAAACAGACAGUCGUUGGGGUUACAAUGGAACUAGUGAUCGCAUAAGAUUCAGCGUAGACAGACGAAUAUUCUUGGUAGGCUACGGUGUUUACGGAAGCGUUCAUGGACCUGCCGAAUACGAAGUAUUGAUAGAACUGACCCACACUGCGUCUGGAAAGACAAUAGCAACUAACUCCACGAGCUUCAGCUGCGAUGGAUCUAAUUAUACAUAUCGGCUGAUGUUCAAGGAACCCAUCGAAAUAAUAGCUAACACCAUUUACACCGCCUCAGCUACUUUCAAAGGUCCUGAUUCUCAUUAUGGAACCAAAGGGCUGAGAUGUGUUUCUGUAGAUUGCUUCAAUAGUGGUAAAAAUAUUAUUAAGUUUCAAUUUAGCUUCGCUGCCGGAAAUAACAAUGGAACUUCCAUCGAAGACGGCCAGAUUCCUGAAUUAAUUUUUUACACUUAAGUGUAUUCAUUAUUAUUAUUAUUAUUAUUGUUUAAUAAAUAAUUUAAGUU